AAGCGUGUACUAGUCAAAACCGGGAUAUUUGCAGCAAAACAAACAAAAAUUUAAAAUUAUUUAUAAAUCUAAUACAAGUCUACCUGUGCGACGAAUCGUAGUGAGUUUCAAGUUAGUAAUUCAAGACAAUUUGUUUUAUUCGUUGCCGUUUUCAAGGCAAGUGUAAAUCUUGUUAUUUAUCGUGUGUUUACUGGAUAAGCUUUUGAAUCUCGAUGGCGCAUAAGCAUGUUGUGCUAGGCGGCGGUACCGGUUUUAUUGGCAAACGACUGUGCAAAACUCUUCUCGCCGAUGGUUACGAGGUCACCACAAUCUCGCGAAUGCCUGCUGUGAAAAGUAUGACCUGGCAUGAUCUCGAGAAAGAUGGUCUCCCGGAGGGUACUACUGCCGUUGUGAACAUAGCAGGACAGAACGUACUGGAUCCAACGAGACGAUGGACACCGGGUUUUAAGCAAAAUGUAUGGAACUCUCGAAUAAACACAACCGCCGCCUGUGUGCGCGCGAUUGAAAGGGCAACGGUGAGACCACGCGUUUUAGUCAGUAUUUCCGGUGUUAGUCACUACGCAAUGGGGAUGAAGCCUAACACGGAAGAUUCAAAAACGAUUGAAUUUGAUUUUAUGUCCCGGUUGUGCCAUGAGUGGGAAAAGGCGGCAAAUUUGUCGGACAAUUCAAUAUGUCGAUCGGUGAAAAUUCGAAGUGGAGUGGUGAUCGGGCGGAACGGUGGCAUGAUUCAGUCGUUAAUUUUGCCAUUCUGGCUUGGACUCGGUGGUCCCAUCGGCGAUGGGAAACAUGAUUUGCCGUGGAUACACAUUGACGAUCUUUGCAACCUAAUAAAGUUUGCUAUCGAGAAACCGGAGGUCACUGGAGUGCUGAAUGGAGUUGCUCCCGAGCUGAUAACGAAUUAUGAUUUUACGAAGGCAUUCGCAUCCGCUCUGGUGCGCCCGGCAAUCUUUCCGCUACCCGAAUUUGUACUUAAUCUUAUCUUUGGCAACGAACGCGCCGUUCUGCUAACGAAAGGUGCAAAGGUGAUCCCGAAGCGAACGAUGGAGGUUGGUUUUCAGUAUCAGUAUCCAGACAUCCGAUCUGCAUGCAAAAAUGUCGCUAGGCUGUUUUAGUAAGUAACGCACAUUAGCACUUAUAAUUAAUUAUUCGUUUCACAAUAUACAGGAAUAAUACAGCGUUAAAUAAUUGUAAAA